AUGACUGCUUCCACCACCGACUCCAUGGCGGUUCCGCCUAGCUCCAAGAUGUCGCUGGACUUCCUGACACAGACUAGUGCCCAGCUGCGAGAGCCAGCUGAGCUCGCCACCGCUCUGGCGAAGCUGGACGAGAGGCUAAGGGAGUCAAGUAUUCCGUACAGCGACCCACUCAUCCUCGACCAAGAGAUCGCGGAAGCCGAUGCGCUCCUCGAAGAUGUCGUGAGAACAAGUAAAGAUCCCGGUUUCCUCGAGAAUCAGAAGGCUCAGAAGAUUCUCGGAUUCCUCGGUACGAGACUCGAACGCCGUUUGGCCACUGCCCGGAGCGCAAUCGCUCGAAUGCGCAAAGACCGCAUUACAGAACUCCCGACUGAGUUAUUGAUGGACAUCAUGAGUCGAGUAACGAACGGCACUUCAAAUAUUGGUCUCGACGGUGACGAUUUUGUCUCGUCCGAUGAACACAACAGAAGUCGGGACGUCGAGUCUAUCAAAUGUCUCCGCCUCACCAGUCGCCGCAUGCGCAAUCUGGCCGAUCGCUUUCUCAUCCGCUCGGUCACUGUCAGAAUGAUGCCGCACUCUCUGGCCCGAUUAGUCGAAAUUUCGCAUCACCCAGUCUUCUCUCAUACCGUUCGAUGCGUGAAAGUCAACUUGGCCUUUUAUGCCAAAGCUCUGGCGAACCUGAAUAACUUCGCCGGGUUCGAGAAAUGGCAAUGCGAACGAAUACACGAACGUUUCGGACUAGCCAACGAGAAAGCGGAUGCGGAAGAAGCUGAAGACCAUAGGGUCUCGGAUCAUACGAUGACUCUGCUCAAACGGCUGGACAAAGAGGCCAUCGCCACGCGGGAGGUCAAGCGAGGGCGAGACCCUUUCGCUAGCCUCAAGACGUCUUUCAAACGAUUACUGCGCACAGCUCAUGUGCGGUAUAAACAACUCUAUGAUGAGCAGCAACGAAUUCGCAAAGAUCACAGAAACGGUGUCGAUUCGGCCUUUCUGAGAGAGAUCUCCGCUGCAAUGGCUCGGAUGCCUAAUGCUACGAGACUGGAGAUUUCGGAUGUGGAUGUCGACCCUGACUGGAAAGACCAUUAUGACAGGGCACAUUUGGAGCCUGUAGCUGCGUAUUUGGCAGCCAUAUCGUCAACUCCAAGCUUAGAAAAGCUUCACAUCGGAGCGGGCGCUUUCGGAAAUCACAUGUUGGACGAAUGGGGCGAUCUCAGGCGGUGGCCACUUCUAGCCUCCCUCAUCAAGUCCCAGCCAUGGCCGAGACUCGAACGUUUGGAGCUUGACAAUGUCACCCUCACUUCAGGUCUCCUUGAGGAGCUGAUCGGAGAGCGAUCCACGGAUAUGAUUGUGCGGCUGGAAAGCGUCUUUAUUGACGAAGAGGAUGAGGACACUUGGCGCGAAAUGCUCGACAUGCUGCGGGCGAAAGCAGACCCUGACCGCCACAGGAAAGAGGGCGGCGUAUGUGGCACAGUCUUUGUCGAGGCCCUUUUUGCGCCGUAUGGGGGUGAGAUCAUCGACUUCCUGAAGCGCGACAUUGAACGCAUAUUCGGCAGCCGGGUCAAGAUUAAUGACAACGCACCGCUCACACCGGCCCUGUCGUAUUUGAGAGGGCUGAGGUCGAAGAAUCCCGUUCCCAUGGUCAUCGGGACGCCUCCGCUUCCACCAAUCCAUCAUCUCGCGGACGACAUCGGCUGGUGA